CAGUGAGUACAUAAAGCUGCCUGGCCCGCACAGGCUGUCCCCCGGCAAAGGCCCCCCUCCUUGUCUCCAGGGUGCAGUUGUUACUGGUACGGUGCAGGAGAGCCCGGCUGCUGCUGGCUGAUAAGACAUCCUGUGUAUGCUGCAGCUGGGGUUUCCGUUGCAGGCUGCACUGAACGAUCCACCCACCCGUAAUUUCCAGUGAAACAAAAGGUGCUUCAGAGACUGGUCCACAGAGACACGUUCCAGGGCUGGAAAGAGCCCUCCGUGAUCAGGCAGCGCUGUGAAAGCUUCCGUGGGGCCACGAGAACGGCUGCGUUGCCCAGAUCCUGCUCCGGCACCUGCUGGUGCCUCUGUGCCAGCCAUGAUCCGCUGUGCCCUGCGCUGGGCUCUGCUGGGUGCUGUGACCCUGGAGUUUCUGUACCAAGCCAGGACGUACUACAGCCAGGGGAGCUUCCCAAGUUUCUUCUACAGGUAAAGACCAGCUGCGCGCUCUGUUCUCGGAGGGCUCUAGCCGCUAGGAAGGCGACACAGUCCCUGCCCUGGAUCUCCUGUAGCUCAGCAUGUGGACACCAGCGAUGGGAGCAGCAGAAAUGCGAGGCUAGGGUGCCGCGUUCUGCUGAUCUGGGGGGAUUUCCUGCCUUGGGGGCUCUGCCAAGCUGCCCCUGCCAGCGGUGGCGUCUUGCCCUCGCUCACGUCUUUGUGCCAAUAUUGUGCCCUUGGAACUUCCUGAACGGCAGGGAUCCUGUCGGAGCUCGCCAGCCCAGAGCCGGACCCAUGAUAGUGCAGACACCAGUGACCCCACUGGGCAGUAGGGCCCCCACCUCCACGCUGCAGCUGUUCUUGGGGGACCUGUAUGGCCAGGACAAGACGUACCAGGGCUCGAGGUGCCCCAGUGGCAUCAGGAAGAGGAUCGCGGGCACCAAGUUCAGCAGCAUCUUCCUGGAGGCCAUUCCAGUGCUGCAGUGGGCCCAGCAUGCCUGGCCGGCUGAGUAUCGACGCCUGCAGAGCUACGGGGGGGCCCACGGCUGGCAGGAUGUCAGCUGGCCUGUUGUGAGGGACACACUGACCCGUCUCAACGCAUCGGCCAACAGGCGCAUGUUCGACGCCCGCCCCGGAGCUGCUGCAGGCGGCUCCCCCUGCGUCCGCUGCGCUGUGGUGGGCAACAGCGGCAUCCUGAACGGCUCCCGGGCAGGGGCUACGAUUGACCAGCACGACUAUGUCUUCAGGACCAACGCGGCCCUCACCAAGGGCUUCGAAAGAGACGUGGGCCGCAGGACCUCCUUUUACAUCUUCUCCACUAACACCAUGAUGAACUCGCUGCAUAACUACGCCAGCAACGGUUUCCGCCAGUUGCCCCAGACUCCGGAAACCAAGUACAUCUUCCUCCCGGACCACGACCGAGAUUACCUGCUGCUCCAGGCAGCCCUGACUAAUCGCCCUGUCAACAGCGGCCCAGAUGAGGGUGCUCGGCCGGAGCGAUACUUUGGGAAAGACCUGCGGGCGGAGAAGUUUAAGAUGUUUCACCCAGAUUUUAUCCGCUACGUCAGAAACCGGUUCCUCCGCUCCAGCAUUUUGGACACCCCGCUGCGGAGGCUGUACCGUCCCUCCACCGGGGCAGUGAUGCUGCUGGCUGCCCUCCACACCUGCGAUGAGGUGAGCGCCUACGGGUUCAUUACCGCCAACUACCAGGCCUACUCCGACCACUACUUUGACCGGACGCAAAAGGCCCUGAUGUUCUACGCCAACCACGACCUGUGGCUGGAGAUGAGGCUGUGGCAGAAGCUGCACCAGAGCCGGCUCAUCACGCUGUACACGAGAGGCUGAAGGUUGGGACCGUGCUGGGCCUGGACCCCUCUGCGGGGCAGAGCGAAGGGACUGACGCGCCAGCUUAGGCCGGGACCUGCCGGGUGGGGCACUGGGAACAAACUGUCGGUCAAGCGUGAAGCUGGGUCCUAGACCUCGGAGAAGGAAAAGCCCCAUUGGACUGUCCAGCCUGUCACCCCUAGUUGCUUGGGGAAGGGUCCUCCUGCACUGGGCAACGCUGCCCGCAGCCGCCUGCCAGCCCCCCAGCGGUUCCUGCCCAGAGCGGAGUCGUCACCUGACUGACUGACUGCCCUUGGAACAAAUCCAGGCUGUUGCUUUCUGGUGGGGGGAGGCGAAUGGGGCUGAAUGCAGCUGCGGGGGCUGCGUAGCUUGCAGAACAGCUCGCGAGAAGGCGGCUGCAUGGCAGCCCUGAUCCAGGAGAGCCUUUCGCUGGGACUGAACUGGUGCCGUGAGCAGGCCUCUGGGCUGGAACGCUGCUCGCUGGGUCUCCAAGUGUCCCUCCCUGCUGCUGCUGCUGAGAAUUCCCUACUCCAGGAGAGUGCCUGGCCCCACCGGCAGGGAGCCCUGGCAUUCGAACUCCCUGGCCUGAAUAACCGGGGAAUGGGGGAGAUGGGGCUGUGCUAAGUCCCAUUACAAAGCAGGGUGACGCCUCUGGCUCCUGGAUUGUCUGUCCCCAAAUUCCAGCCAGCCUUGGGACUUUGUCUAGCCUCUGGGGCCGCUCUAGGGGAGAGAUCCCAGCACUCCAGCAGCUGGGGUGUGGCAUGAGUCCCUGCUGCUAUAUAGAGAGCGUCCCUCUUGGAGCCAGAACUCUGGAUGGCCAUUAGUCCUGUGUCUAACCAAUAGCCCCCCUUCUCCCGCAGCGAGCCCCAUUCUGAACCGCCAAAGAAAGGUCCUCGACCCACUGUGACGAAGUGGGACUGUUCUUAAUGUUUCCUCUCAAUAGUGUGGGGUUGCCUCAGUUUCCCCUAAGCAGUUCUUAAGUAUCUAGGGGUGGGGUAAGGGUGUAUGAUCAUUGCAGAGCCCUAGAGGGCAGGUGUGUGCAGGGGUCUGGACACAGGGAAUGGCCAACACCCUGUUUCCUGGCAACUGAUGGCCUGGGCCCUUCCCCUGUGCAAGGUGAGAGCUAAAGGGUUGGAGAACAAAGAGAUCAGGUGCCCCCUUGGCCCGGGACAGGGACAAAGCCCAGAGGAGAAGGGGCUGGAGGGAGUUUGUUUGAGGCUGGCUGGGGUCAUGGAGUGAAGUACAGACGUGGUUGUCUGGCUCACUGCCCCCCAAAAUGGACCCAGCUGAGGGGUCCUGUUCUCUACACCUACAAGCUCUGUGUUAGACCAUGUUCCUGUCGUCUAAUAAACCUCUGUUUUAGUGGCUGGCGGAGAGUCACGUCUGACUGCGGAGUUGGGGGGCAGGACCCUCUGGCUUCCCCAGGACCCAGCCUGGGCGGACUCGCUGGGGGAAGUGCACGGAGGGGCAGAGGAUGCUGAAUGCUCCAAGGUCAGACCCAGGAAGGUGGAAGCUGUGUGAGCUGUGUGUCCUGCAGACAGUCUGCUCGCAGAAAGGAGACUUCCCCAGAGUCCUGACUGGCUUCGUAGGGAGCAGUUCCAGAGCAUCGCCCAGGGACUCUGUGACACCCACCUAAAAGGAAGGGCAGUCUGAGAGCCAGGGAUGUUCCAACUCAGGAGAAUUGGCUAGGUGCCGUUCCUUCUGUGCCUCAGUUUCCCCAUCUGUAAAAUGGGAGUGGGCACUGUUCGUUAACAAUGGACUCUGCUCCUCUCUGGCAGCAGGGCGGGGCUGGCACUGCUAGCUCACAGCUGGGCACCGGGCUGGGCUACACAUCUGGGAACAGAGCCUUCGCCCACCCUCCCUUUCUGACAGGACUGAGCUGCCCUGGCGUCCGCGGGGCAGAGCCAGGCUGCACCAGCUGCCCUUUGUUUCAGCAGCAUUAAUCAGAGCGAACUCCCCUAGUGCACCCUGGAUGCUGCAGGCUCUAAAUCAGUUAAUCAUGUGAAAUCUGGCGUGGAGGUGGGGGAAAAGCAAGUCCCAUCCUGCUGGGAGUCAGCCCUUGCAUGGCCAAGGAAACAAUCCCAGGGCACCUGCCCCUCCUCACCCCGGUGCUCUGUGCUCCCCCCCAGCACUCUGUGCUCCUCCCCCCAACCCUGGGGCUCUGUGCUCCCCCCCGGGCUCUGGAGACGCAGCCCCCAGGUGCUGCUGAGCUCCGUGCACCGAGGGGAAGGGCAGGCUGCCAGGGCACAGGAAGGUCCUGGCAGGUGUCUCAGUCCCAGCCGUAUUGCACCUGAGAGGUAACUCUCGAUUGCCAGGAAUGGAACCCAGGCAUCCUGCCUCCUCGCACCAGUGGCUGUUGGUGUUCAUGCUGCCAUGCACUGACACACAGUACCUGUAGCUUGCCUAGCGCUUUAAAGCCUCUCCCUUCAGGGGGAAGAGUUCUGCUUUGUUUCACUUGGGCAUCUACAAUCCCAGGGCCAGAUUCCCAGCUUCUGUGAACAGCUCCCUGGAUGGGACAGCGGCUCAGGCCCCAGCCCUCCCUCAUUCUCUUUGCAUCAUUUUUUAAAUGCAACUUGCAUUGUAGCAAGAUCAUUGCACCACAAGGCAUUGUGAUGUGAUCUCCACCUGCUCCAAGCCAGCCAGCCCCAGCCAGUCCUGGCGCUAGCUUGGGGGUUCUAGGUACACGUUCCCUUCUCAGGUUGGGGCCUCCAGAUCAGUAUGGAAUGGGCCAGAAGUCCUGCAACCCCACCCAGCCCUGCUAGCUCAGCUGCGCUCUCGGCGGCUUGCUCAGGAAGACCACAGCUGUGGGGACAAUGUAGUUGCAUGGCCGAUGCUGGGGUAGUUUUGGGCUGUAGGCUCAGCCCUGCCUUUUCAUUGCAGCAUCUCACCGUCCCGUGAGCCGCAGUGUUGGCUAACUUCUAGGCCGAUGCCCAGUUCAGACGUGAAUAAAUCGGCUAUGUUAUA